UCACUCGACCGCCGCUCCCGGCAUGCCCUGCGCGGGGAGCGAUGUACACUGGGUUGUGUAGUGCUGUGGGCAGGAGGGAGGAUGUGUAGGUGCCUUCCCGAGAGGAAGCGCUGCUGGGAAUUCUGAAUGGCGGCUGACGCUACCGCGGGCGGCAAGACGCGACUUGGCGUGCCUAGCCACUCGGCCUCUUAGGCGCCUUCUGUCACGCUUGUAAAACCAGGGAGGAAUGUAGGCGAGUCUGCUAGAUCGUGGUGUUGGAAAGUACAUCUGUGUUAGUUAUCUCAGAUUUGCAAUGGUUCGUACUGGAAAAAGUGGUGGGCUCCACCUGAAGCAGAUUGCAUACUACAAACGAACAGGGGAAUAUCAUCCCACAACAUUAUCAAGUGAAAGAAGUGGAAUCAGGAAAGCUGCCAAAAAAUUUGUUUUCAAGGAAAACAAGUUGUUCUAUGUUGGAAAAGACAGAAAACAAAUGCGCCUGGUAAUUGUUUCAGAUGAAGAGAAGAAAAAUGUCCUCAAGAAAUGCCACAAAAAUGCUGCUGGCACUCAUCAUGGUAUAUCAAGGACACUGACUUUAGUGGAGUCUAAUUACUACUGGACCUCUGUAACAAAUGAUGUCAAGCAGUGGGUGUAUGCUUGCCAGCAGUGCCAGACAGCAAAGAACAUAGCCACCAGAGUGCCCAAAAUACACCACAUCAAAGCAGAGGACCCAUGGGCUGCAGUCACUAUAGGCCUAACAGGACCCUUCAAUGUUACCAACAGAAGUCACAAAUACAUCAUCAUUAUGACAGAUUUGUUUACAAGAUGGACUGUUAUCUUACCACUGCAUGACACUUCAGCAGCUGAAAUUGCCAAGGCCAUCAUAAAUGUGUUUUUCUUAUAUGGGCCACCUCAAAAGAUGCCUUUUGAUCAAGGGAAGGAGCUUAUUUAUCAGAUAAAUGAAGAACUGUUUGCACUUUUUGGAGUGAAACAAAUUGUAUUGUCUUAUCCUCAGACGGAUGAUGUAAAUGAAAGAAUGUCCAAGACAAUCAAAAGUUUCCUUAACAAGUAUUGCACUGACCAUCCAAAUGAUUGGGAUGAGCAUUUGUCUGCUAUAGCCUAUGCUUUCAAUUCGACAAAUUCGGAGCCAGAUAAAAACACCCCAUAUUUCCAAAUGUUCAACCGUAACCCACAUGUUGUUGACCCCAUGAAUAUAUUUGUGGAAGGAGGAUACAGCAGUUUUGCCAAAAUAUUUGAAGCAACUAAAAAAGUCAGUCAAGCACUGGAAGAAGAGAAAACCUCAGAUUUCCAGGCAGAUGAAAAAACUUCAGAUGAACAAAAAAUCAGACCCAAAAUCACAGUCAAAAGGAAGACAAAACAGUUAAAUACCCUUCAGCUUAAAGUUGGACAUGAAGUCCUCAGGCGAAGAAAAAACUGGUGGAAAGAUGGUCGUUUCCAGUCAGAAUGGAUUGGUCCUUGUAUCAUAGAUUACAUCACAGAAAAUGGCUGUGCAAUACUAAGAGAUUCCACAGGAUCCAGGCUGAAAAGACCCAUCAAGAUGUCUCACCUCAAGCCUUAUAUAAGAGGGUCCAGUGAAAAAGGCAACCAUUACAUUCUACAAGGUGCAGUAGCUUCUGACCAUGAUUAUAUUGGCUUAUCUGAAAGAUCUGAUAAUUCAAACCAACCAGACUCUGUUGCUGAAAAAGAAAUAAAUGACUACAAAAGAGAUGUCAUGUCUGCUGUGCAGAUUCUACCUGCAGCCAGCAAAGACCAAGUGUCAGCAGAUGAGUCUGAGGUGAGAGAAGAUCAUUGCAUCAGAUCAAACACUGCAAAGCCAGAGCAAUGGCUUUCACCUUGUUGGACCCUUCAGACAAAGACAGAGGAUAUUUAAGCAUACUCUUCUAUCACAUUUCAUUGCCAAGCAGCUUAGAAAUACUGUGACAAACUUAAACAAAACAAAACAAAAAAAUAAUAGCUCCAACUUAUUUAGCCCAAUCUGUUUUACUCGUUUGUGGGUCUAAAAGUGCUUCAGGUAUCUAAUUUGUCUGGGUGUUAAGAAAAAGCACAUAUUCUGAUCAUGCAAUUAAAUUUCAAAUUUUGUUGGUAGAAUGGCAAUGUGGCCGUGCCUUACUGUUAUCCUCCCAGGACAAUGCAUCAUUUCACUGUAAUGACCUUUUUUUCCAUUUAACCCUUGGAUGACUCAUUCCUAAUGUGUCUGUUCAAAGUGAGAUGAAUUAAAUCUUAGCAAGUUGGUGUAAAUUUUCCCUCCAUUACAGAGAAGCUCAUGUCUUCCUUUCCCUGUUCUAUAACAGUUUUCUAUUCUUUCUGGGAAGCUGCAGCCUCUGACUUUUACAACUUCUAAUUUCUAGUCUAAUCCAUUUAAGAUCUCACAGAACAAUAUAACUGCCAAAAUCAAAUGCAUGUGGUGUUCUAUGCAUGAAACAAUGAGGGCUGCAGCUGUUCCCUGCUCAUCAAAAGUCUGCUAGUGUAGACGGUUUUAAUAUUUCAGGCACAUGAAAAAAUCUCAAGAGCAUUUAAUAUUCAUUUGUGCUUUUUCCAUAAAUACAUUCUCCAUUUCAGUUACCUCUUCACUGAGCCUGUGCACGUUGUGAGAUUUUCCAUGGACAGUGGGCUAUGAAAGGUGAAGCACUGGUAUUAACUUAUUCUCUGAUUUUCUUGGGUACGUUGUUAAUGGUCUGGACUUCCUGAUAAGACCACUGUUUCUCAAAGUCAGUAGCACAGGAAUUUUUUUAUAUGGAAAAACUGAUGUAUGCAGAUCUGGUUUGGUUGGUGUUUUGGGGGGGGUUUUGUUUGUUUGGGUUUUUGUGGAUUUUUCUUUUUGUUUUUUUGUUUUGUGUUGGUUGGCUGGUUGUUUUUUUUUUAAUAGGAGAUUGAUAGGAAGAUGAAGAAAACUAGCAUACAACUGAAUUGAGCAAUUCUGCAACUUCUGGAUGGUGCUGUGGAAGAUUUGCUUAUCUUGCUCUCUGAAUUUGUGUGUUCCUUCUCAUUUCUGCUCCUGAAUGUCAUGUGACUUAUAACACAGGUGGAGGAAAGUAGUAUUUAUUAGGAGUUUUCAGUUAAUUUUAGGCAAUUAGACCUAGUCAUCAAGGUGGAUUAAGUGCCUGCCUCCUACAGAAAUUGACAUGUACAGUGCAGUAUGUCUUUGAUAUCAUGAAUUGCAUCUGUGGGAUGCACAGCACCAUGACAGAAUCCGAUCUUAAACUUCAAAUGAAAAAUAAUUAAUACCCAAACUAUUGUGUGUCUUCUGAAAAUGCAAUCCUACAGAUACAGUUUCUCUCCACCAAGACUUCAGAAAGAGUCUUUCUGAAUACACUGUGUGUGUGCACACAUGGAAUAAAUAUUUAUUUUUAUGUGUCAUGCUUUUGAGGAAAAUAUUAGUGUCAGGGAUAAAAAUGGAGAGUAAGGCAUUGUUUGUAAGACUCAUUUCUGCUUUGGUAGCUGCAAAAGAGAACCAGCCUCUCUUAUUUUUUUCCUUACUCCAAGUGCUCAGUUCCUGAAUUGUGCACAGUACAGCAGAACUGUUUUCUGGGGUGUGGAAUUGUUAGAGCUACAUUGAAGAGAAAGCAGAUGCUGCAGUGAGAGAAUAAUGAGGAAAACACAGAAACAUUUAACUACUCUGUACAUUUACCAUAUUGCAGAUUGUUCAGGCUUCCUGGUAUUUUGAUCUACUGUAUUAACAAGCAGGUAUUAGUGACUUAUCAGUGCACUGAAAGGUGGCCUUCUCUGCAUGGGGUUCACUGAAAUAAAAUACAGGGUUUUCAAACUAUUGACAUGAAAAACAUCACUGGAAACUGGAAAAAAACCCACUGUUUUGACAAAACUGACACAAAGAAGCAAGAUUUAGCGGUGUCUUUAGGAAACGGGUACUAUUCUCUUCUGCACCUAAUAGAAGACUUGCUCGUCUUCUGUUUAUGUCUUGGUAACCAAAUUAUGUAGAAAUUUUUAAUGAAAAGCAGUACACAAAAAGCUUUAAUUUGAAGAGGAAGGCUUUUCCAGCUAGCAGUAACCAGAUAGUAAACUGAAUUUUAAAACAUUUGAUUUUGGUGCAGUUAAUCCUGAGAGAUGCAUUCCCUGGUCAGUUCUCCUUUCGACUUGUGUAUAGAUGAAGGAAUCUGCAGCAACCUUGCUGCACUGGUAGCAGAAGCAGGUGUGCAAAAAAACAAUAACUAUUGUAGGAAAUAGAGCAUGUCCCCUCUUCCAGGCAGUGCUGCCCUUAUACAGAUUGCUAGUGCAGUGACAAGCAGAUCACUGGGAUACAACUUUCUGUAUUUCUGUAUUUCCAUGUACAACUCAUUACUCACAUGGGUGAGCUCUUUUUUAGGUACUUGAGAAGCAUCUCAAAACUCAUCAGCAGAGCUGGAGCAUUCAGAGCUGCAGCUGGUGGCAAGAAUUGGUGUGUUGAAUAUGUAAAGUGCUAUCUGAGUAAGUGGGUUAAAAGGGAAUAAAUCAGAUUUCACAAA